AUGUUUAAAUUGUCCAAUAUUAAACCUAUCUUAAAUAAACAACCCUUUUUUUUAAGAUCUCUUUCAACAAAGGCUGCUAAGAUUUAUAGGUUCGAAGAUAUUAAACAACUUGUACAGCAUCCAGAUAGCAAAAAAAUCCUUAUCGAUGUAAGAGAACCAGAAGAAUUAAAAGAUUAUACACUACCAAAUUCGAUCAAUAUCCCUUUAAAGACUGCUCCUGGUGCUUUAGGUUUAAAAUCCGAGGAAUUCAAAGAAAUUUUCAAAUUUAAUAAGCCUUCAAUUGAUAGUGAAUUGAUUUUUUUAUGUGCGAAGGGUGCAAGAGCACAAACUGCUGAAGAAUUAGCUAGAUCGUUCGGUUAUGAAAAUACUGGAAUAUAUCUUGGAUCCAUUAAAGAAUGGCUAGAAAAGGGUGGCAAAGAUGCUGUCCCUAAAAAAACGACAAAGGAGGAUAAAUGA